GACGAUGCAGAAUACGACCGCCUCCGCGACGCUGCUUCCCACGAAGCAGAUCUGCGCGGCCGUUGCUUCGAAGCCUCUAAAAAGGCUUACAACGAGGGCAAUGGUGCACUUGCUCAUGAGAAAUCAGAAGAGGCCAAAGAGCAUGGUAAGAAGAUGGAGCAAUUCAACGAACAGGCUGCGUUGUAUGUCUUUCGCGCCAACAACGCUUCGUGCCAGCCAGAUGAGCUGGAUCUGCAUGGACUCCAUGUUGAUGAAGCCAAGCUGUACACGGAGCAACGCGUCAUGGCAUGCAAGCAGCGUCGGGAGGACCACUUGCACAUUAUUGUCGGCAGAGGCAACCACUCUGUCAACCACAUCCAAAAGUUGAAGCCUGCGAUUGAGGAGCUCUGUCAGCGUUAUGGAUUCGAGUACUCGACUGAGCAAAAUGAGGGUCGCAUCUUUGUCAAAUUU